AUAAAUAAGGAUUAUUAUAUGUUUUGUUGUUAUCAGAAUCAUGUUGUAAUUAUUAAAGCGAUAACAAUCAUAAAACUAAUUUUAUCAGUAAAUAGUGAAAAUAUUUUGUUAUCUUACUAUUCAGUUUGUUAUCACAGUUUUAAAACUUAAUCACAAGUUUCAGUCACACUUCGAUCCAAAUGUUGUGCAGAUUUAAUUGCAACAACACUCAUUAGCAACUUUCAAUAUGCCUAGACACUAUAUAAGAAAAACAAAUAGAGGAUUCACAGCAGAGUUGAUUAAAGCUGCUGCAGAUGAAGUUAUCAUUGAAAAUAAAUCAGUAAGAAGUACUGCAAAAAAAUAUGAUUUGUGUCAUGUCAGUCUGUCGCGGUAUGUAGCAAAAUUUAAAGCUAGUAUGAACAAUGGUGAUGUUAGUACACUAAAUGUAGGAUAUAAGGGGCCUAAACAAGUAUUCAGUGUAGACCAAGAACAAAUACUAUCUCAAUACAUAAAAAAUUCGGCAGAUAUGUAUUUUGGACUCACCCCCCGUGACAUUAAACAACUAGCAUACCAAUUUGCACACAAACUAGGCCUGAAGUAUCCUGAGGUAUGGGGAAAAAACCUUAUGGCUGGGCCUGAUUGGUUUACAAAAUUUUUAAAAAGAAAUUCUAGUCUUUCUCUCAGGCAACCAGAAGCAACCAGUUUAUCCAGGGCCAUGAAUUUCAAUAAAGCUAAUGUAAAUUUAUUUAUGGAUAAGUUUCAACAAGUGUUAUUAAAAUAUAAAUUUGAAGCUCAACACAUAUACAAUAUUGAUGAAACAGGUGUAACAACAGUUCAAACACCAUCCAAAAUAGUUGCUACAAAGGGGAAAAGCAGAUAG